GAGACGAUCGCGCGCAGACGCGUUACGGCGUGUCUCGACGCCACGGAUAACGACGACGUCUACGUCGGUCGCAUCCGUCAAGACAUCUCCCAGCCCAACAACAAGGGCUUGGAUUUGUUCGUGUGUGGUGACCAAAUCAAGAAGGGCGCCGCCUUAAACGCCGUGCAAUGCGCCGAACUCCUCCUCAAGUAA